CCGGACUCGAGGCAGGGCUUGAAUCGCAUCUUUUCGUAGUCGACGACUGUUCAGAUGGGAACGGAUGGCCUCUAAUUGGCAAUCACUGUAAGACUAAUGAGUGCUUUCUUUAACUCAUAGCUCCACACAGUCCGCAACGAAAGAAACUUUCACUUCGUAUGAAAAGUCUAUCGCUGGACAGUCCAGAGUCGACAGAGCAUGCCCUCCAUCGCAAACAUCAGGUCACCCAUCAUAUGCCUCAAUACAAUCAAUCCCCUCAAAGUCCGGUUCACUCGCGAAGAUUCCUAUUCGGCAAACAAAACCGGAUGUGUUCUGUAGAUCUUCCCGACACUAAUGAAAAGUCGAGUGCAUCUCCGUCUCCGUGUCCAUCACCGAAACCACAAAGACUUUUACCAACAAAUAUAUUCGUAGUUCUCUAUAACUUCCGGAGUAGACAUCACGAUGAACUUGAUCUCAAAGCGGGAUAUUCAGUGACAGUAGUGGAUACAUCGGACCCAGACUGGUGGCAGGGAAAGUGCCUGGGCAAAAAGGGCUACUUUCCAUCAAAUUAUGUGACAAAAUUGUUUCCGGGAGAGAAGCCAUUGCAGAUUGUCAUUCAAGUGGUCGAAGAAGUGGACGGUAUUAUAAUGAUUAGAACCGGCAUUAAUGACAAAAUAGUACCCUGCCCUAUUAAGUAUCUUCAAGAAAUAUAAUACUAUUUGAUCCAUACUUUGUUAUACUUAUGAUCGCCUGAAUCGCCUUUUUAUAUAUAAAAAGCCUUACAUUUUGAGCU